AAACGUCUCUCGAAGCUGCUAAAUUGGGAGAAGCGUCGGGGAUGCGGCUGCUCCAGGGCUGACUGCGUCCGCGCAUAGAACGAACCCGGGGAGGAAUGGUAGUGCAGCCUCCCAGCGUGUGGGGGCCGACGACGCCCCCGGCCUUCGAACCAGUUACACAUGGUGGUGGUUUACUUUUCGAGGGCGCCGAUGCGCGAUUUCAAAUUAAGGUGCGUGGUCAUCCCGCGCCUCAAGUGGUGUUCUCCCGACGAGGAAUGCCGAUAAGCAACGAUGCACGCCGUCAGAUUACCUACGAGCCCGGCACUGGCCUCUGCACGUUGCUCAUCCGUAACUUGACAGCCGAAGACGAAGGCGACUACAACUUAUCAGCAGUGAAUACAGCCGGGGAAGCCUCGCUCACACUAUGCAUCCGACGUCAAGGCCUCGUUGGACAGCAGGGCGCACGCCAGCACACUACCGUCCAGCGAACCCAGUUAAUGACACAAGAUGGAGUUACAAUGUCAAGAGCCACCGAGGUGUCCCAGGGCCCUCAAUAUUUCGCUGCCUCUGACUUCAGAGUUGACACUUUCGAAUACAGACUACUUCGAGAGACAGAGUUCCUCGAGACACUGCUCGUACGCGCGGGCGUCACAGAAGCCCUCAGCCAAACCGCCACAGGGCCUCCUCAGAUUCUUCAGCGACCGAGGAAUUCCAAGUUGCUGGAAGGAUCUGAUGUAUCAUUCACAGCACGCCUUUCAGGCGAGCCCCGUGUUAUUUGGUUCCGCAAUGGAGAACCACUGCGGCCGUCUCAACGCGUUGUGGUUGAGCGCCGUGUUGACCUGUACACGCUCAAGAUCCACAUGGCACUACCAGAAGAUGCAGGAUACUACACUUUACUCGCAGAAAACAUUCACGGCCGCGUUGCCUGCUCAGCACAUUUGGUUAUUGAAGCAUCUCCUCCUGCGCCUGGACCAGCGACAGGAACCGUGGUUGAAACAGUCAGUGAAACACCAUCUCGAGCACUGGCUCCCAGCUUUGUGAAGCAACCCCAGGAUCAAGAAGUUACGGAAGGAAAAAUGGCACGUUUCGACCUGAGAGUGUCGGGACGACCUUUUCCCGAUCUUCGCUGGUAUCGCAAUGGCCAGCCCAUUAACGAUGAUGCGACGCAUAAGUUGCUUGUCAACGAAGGCGGAGUCCAUGCCUUGAUGAUCACGGCUGCGGCUCGGGAAGACGCUGGCACGUGGACCUGUGUAGCAAGCAACAAGAGUGGAGAAUGUCGCUACGAUGUCCAACUUCAUGUUAUCGAAAAGGAACAAGUGGUAGCUCCCAAGUUCGUGGAGCGGUUCCAGACCCUCACCGUACAGGAUGGGGAACCUGUGACGUUACACUGCCGUGCUGUGGGGACACCCGUGCCACGUAUAACAUGGCAGAAGGACGGCCGCCAGAUCCAUUCGCAGCCACCAAAUGUGCUCAUCGAAACGCAGGAGGGAAGCUCAGCAUUGUACAUUAUGAGAGCAAGCCCGGAGGAUGCCGCCUGGUACCAAUGCACCGCGCAGAAUCAGGCGGGCUCCACGGCAACGCGCGCGCGCCUUUGCGUGCAAGCUGAGCGCGCAUCACGGUCUGAACCUUGGAAGCUGCAUCUACCGAAACCGAGCAAGGUCAUUGAACCCGAACGAUCCCCGCCGAGAGAGACGAUUUGGCUACGCCACGUGGAGCGUGCCUACCAACCGACAAGGAGUGCUGACUCCGACGACUAUCGAGCCCCCCAGAAGCCCGCUUUUACGACGCACCUGCAGGACCUCAUCUUGCAGGAGGGCGAGCGGGCACACUUGGACGCCAGGCUCGUGCCCAUUGGAGACGAGACGAUGGUUAUCGAAUGGUUCUGCAACGGACGUCCGAUCGAAGCCAGCUCCAGAGUGUUGACCACGUCGAGGUUUGGUUAUGUGGCCUUGACCAUGUUGCACGUCUACCCCGAGGAUUCCGGUGUGUACGUCUGCAGGGCAACCAACGAAGCAGGAGAGGCUACUACUACGGCCACAUUAAAGUGCUCUGCCCGGCCAGCUAUCGACCGCAAGGCCAUACAGGAAGACAGUGUUCGAGCUAUCCAGGAGCUGGAAGACAUAGAGAAGUACUCACGGCAAGAGUGGAUAGAGGAGACGGCGUCUCUCGUGAAGCCAACCUUCGUCCGUCCGCUCAGCAACCAGGAGAAUCUCUAUGAAGGAGGGAAUUGCCACUUUGAAGCCCAGCUGACACCCGUCAACGACUCCACUAUGAAAGUGGAGUGGUUCUUCAAUGGCCAGCCCCUUACCACAGGGUCCCGCAUCAACACAACCUUCAGCUUCGGCUACGUCGCCCUAAACAUCGCUUCACUCCGGUGUGAGGAUUCCGGAGUGUACAUGUGUAGGGCCACAAAUGCUAAAGGAGACGCCAUAUCUACGGCUACACUGAAGGUCAAAGCACAAGGGCUGGUGACGGGCGAUCUGGGCAUCCCUGAACAAGAAGCUUACAUUCGCAAGACGCAGGAGCUGGAAGCUUAUCAGCAGAGCCUUCAUGCUCAGAAAGAAAUCUUUUUUGAACCUGUCGCCAAUGCUCCGCCUACGUUUAAGUCUGGUCUCAAAGAUCAACUGAAUGUAAAGGAGAACAGCACGGUUCACUUCGAAGCAAGACUGGAACCCACGGGCGAUUCUUCCAUGAGGGUGGAAUGGUUGAAGGAUGGUCGUCCUCUGGAAGCGAGUUCCAGGACAACGACAUUCUUUAACUUUGGCUACGUGUCCCUGACUAUUCGUGGCGUUGGAUCUCGAGACUCGGGCGUCUACACCUGCAGAGCUAUCAAUGCUCUGGGCACUGCCACCACGCAAGCCCAUCUUACGUGUUACUCGCAAGAAACUAUUGUGCGUGAAAGCCAGUAUCCAGAAGGGCUUGAGAAGAUUCAGCACCUAGAGGACGCGUCGCAUUAUCAACGCUCACAAGUCGAAGAGGUGACUACGCGGGAACUACCAAAGUUCACCGAGGCCCUUCAGGGACCGUCUAGCCUCGUGGAGGGCCAUGGUUGCCAUCUUGAAACCCGUUUGGAACCAAUGGGAGACCCCGGCAUGAAAGUUGAAUGGUUCCACAACGGUCGCCCACUCGCAACGGGACACCGAUUUAAGACGUACUUCGACUUUGGCUACGUGGCUCUCGAUAUUUUGUACACUUUCCCUGAAGACACCGGCACUUUUGAAGUUCGUGCCACUAACAAGAAUGGCACGGAUGUUCUGAAGAAGGUGAUCAAUGUGACAGCGAAAGCUUCCAUCGACACUUCGACGAUACAUGAGGUUGGACUGGAAAGAAUGGAGCGCCUCGAGCGUUCCGAAGUUGACCAUUCCGGCUACUACAUUGAGGAAAUGUCGCGCACUAAGCCCUACUUCAAGGUACCACUGGCAGAUCCGAAGGGUCACCUCCGAGAAGGCGACAACAUCACCCUGGAGUGCCAACUGGAACCUGUACAGGAUCCUACUCUGAAGGUUGAAUGGUUCUUUAACGGCCGGCCUCUGCCCACAGGACACCGCUACGUUACGAGGUAUGACUUCGGCCGAGCGGUACUGCAGAUCCUCGGUCUCGUCCCUGAAGACACUGGGCAGUACACUCUUCGGGCGACCAAUCACCUUGGCUCUGCGCACUCGUCAUCUUGCAUCAAGGUUAUUGGGCGAUCUGGAGUCAUUACAGAGUCUCAGUACCCCGAGGGUCUGGAAAAGAUCCAACAUCUCGAGGACCACUCCCGGUACGCUCGGCAAGAAUAUCAAGAAACUCAGAUCACCCAAAAGCCGACAUUUACGCGUCCUCUGCACAAUGUGGAAACUGUCGAAGGUGCAAACGUCCACCUGGAGUGCCGUCUACAACCGGUCGGCGACCCUACCCUGCGCGUGGAGUGGUACCACAACAGCGUGCCAAUCAAAAUAGGACAUCGAUUCCGCCCUGCUCACGAGUUCGACUACGUGGCCCUCGAUGUCCUCAGCUUUUACCCCGAAGAUUCCGGCAUCUACACUUGCAAGGCGACAAGCUCGCUGGGUGAGACCGUCACCUCGUGCAACGUCAACUGCUUUGCCAAAUCUCAACUGAUCCUGGAGUCGCAACACCCGGAGGGUCUGCAGAAAAUCCAGCAACUGGAAGAUCACUCUCGUUACCAACGUGACACGUACCAGGAGACAGUAGUGAAGACUAAGCCGAGCUUCACGUCCACUUUGACUGCCCUGCGCCUUCGUGAGGGCCAGAACGGUCAUCUGGAAUGUCGUCUGGAACCGGUGAAUGACCCGGACCUGCGGGUCGAGUGGUACCGCAACGGCGUGUCUUUGCCAGUCGGUCAUCGGUACAGGCCCUUCCACGACUUUGGUUAUGUAGCUCUGAACAUCCUGUCACUGGUACCUGAAGAUUCAGGAACGUAUACCGUUAAAGCCACAAAUUCUCUUGGUACGGCUCAGCUGUCGACCACUGUUAACGUUGAAGGAAAAUCGUCUAUUGACCUAGAAACGCAGCACCCGGAAGGUCUCCAGAAGAUCCAGGCCCUUGAAGGACACAGGUACGAACCCGAGAGAGACGUGGACCAGUCGGUAACAACAGCACCAGUGUUCACCUCCGCACCCAAGUCGGUCACCGUUCAAGAAGGACAGAAAUCGCACUUCGAGUGCCGGCUUAUCCCUGUCGGCGAUCCAAAGUUGAAGGUGGAAUGGUUGAAAGAUGGAAAGCCAGUUCCAGCUGGAUCGCGUUUCGUAGAGAUGUGCGACUUCGGCUUCGUGUCGCUCGACAUUCUGUCGACGUAUGCGGAGGAUUCCGGCACGUACACUUGCAAAGCCACCAACCAGCUGGGCGAAGCCGUCGUUUCGACGCAGCUUAAAUGCGCGGCACAAAAGUCCCUGAUAUUGGAAAGUCAAAACGAAGAGGCGCUACGCCAGAUCACUCAACUAGAGGAAUACGGUCGGCAGCCAAGACCGGCUUACGUCGAGGAGUUCACUACUCAAGCUCCCGUAUUUACUCAGCCCAUGAAGAACCUGAGCCUGAAAGAAAACGAGAGUGCUCACUUUGAAUGCCGUCUGAUCCCAGUUGGCGAUCCCAACCUCAAAGUCGAGUGGUUCCACAACGGCCUGCCUCUGCAGAAAGCCUCCCGCCUCAACACCGUACACGAUUUCGGAUUCGUGGCCAUAGAUCUGAGCUACGUAAAGCCCGAGGACUCUGGUACCUACACCUGCAAGGCCACAAACUCGCUCGGACAGGCAGUGUGUUCCACAACUCUGGACGUGCAAGGGUCGAAGUCUCUGCUGCUGGACACGCAGCAUCCCGAAGGAUUGCAGAAGAUUGUGGAGCUUGAGUCGUUGGGCUCGUACAAGCCAGAGACGGUUGAGCCCGAAGUGUGCACGGCUCCACCUACAUUCCUGACUCAGCUUCAAGGACCUACGCGUCUGCCCGAGGGUCAGAGCGCCCACUUUGAGUGCCGCAUUGCGCCCUUCCCGGACCCCACCAUGAAGGUACAAUGGUUCCACAACGGCGUUGAGCUGCAAACAGGUCAUCGUUUCCGCACGAUGUAUGACUUCGGUUUCUGUGCCUUGGACAUUUUGUCAGCCAUCGCUGAACACUCUGGAGAAUAUGUCGUGAAAGCCACGAACAAGCUUGGCACAGCGACAUCUUCUGCGCGAAUCCAGGUCGAUGCUCUGGGGUCUAUUAUUUUGGACACUCAACAGCCAGAAUCCCUGUCCAAGAUUCGUGAACUAGAGGAAUCCAGUGGGUUUAUCCGUCCUGAACAUCAAGAUGUCAUCAUUAAGGACAAGCCUAGCUUUGUUCGCGGCCUCUACAAUAUCGAUGGACUAGCAGAAGGGCAGAGCGCUCACCUGGAAGCCACCCUGACCCCAACCAACGAUCCCAACAUGAAAGUUCAAUGGUACCGGAACGGUGUCGAAAUUCCUAUGGGCCAUCGUUUCAAGACGGUAAGCGACUUUGGUUACGUUGCCCUGGACAUCUUAUACGCUUACGCUGAGGAUUCUGGCACCUACAUGUGCAAAGCAACCAACAAGCUCGGCGAGGCUGUCACCACGUGCUCAGUGAAAGUCCGAGGCAAGUCCUCUAUCUUGACGGAUACCUUCCACGAAGAAGGCCUGAAGAAAAUUCAAGAACUGGAGGCAUACGAAGCACCUGCUCGAGUUGAAGCUGAAAUUACACCGACGCGACCCGUAUUCACAGUGCCCUUACAGUCAGUUGAGGGACUGGUGGAAGGCCAGAGCGCGCACCUGGAAUGCCGCCUGGAGCCAAUUAACGAUCCAAACUUGAAAGUUCAGUGGUUCGUAAAUGGUACCGAAAUCACUCCUGGACACCGCUUCCGUACCACGCACGACUUUGGUUAUGUCGCGCUUGACGUGCUCUACAUUUAUGGUGAAGAUUCGGGAACCUACAUGUGCAAGGCCACCAACCAGCUCGGCGAGGCCGUUACGACUUGCAACGUCCGAGCUCAACCUAAACAGAAGAUAUACUACGACACUCAGCAUCCAGAAGGUUUGGCCAAGAUUCGUGAGCUGGAGGCUCAAGUGAAGUACCAGCCGAUGGAGAUCCAGGAGAAACCUAUAUCGAAGCCCGUAUUUUUGACCGAGCUUCGUGGAACAUCGACACUGGAAGAAGGAGAAAACGGACACCUGGAGUGUCGUGUGGAACCGGCGCAUGACACCCGAUUGAAAAUCGAGAUCUUCCACAACGGAAGGCCAUUGACUGCAGCAACCCGCGUGCAUAUUACCAGUGACUUUGGGUACAUCGCAAUUGAUAUCACUCACGCCAUACCCGAAGACUCUGGCACGUACACAGUACGAGCGACAAAUGACCUUGGCACAGCUGAGAGUACAACCACCAUUAACGUGCGUGGCAAGUCUGGGAUUGUUUACGACACACAGCACCCAGAAGGCCUGGCAAAAAUCAGGGAGCUGGAAGACGAGUCACGAUUCAAGCGUGAAGAAAUCAAGGAGCCCGUGAGCUUCCAGAAGCCCGUAUUCACAGCUCCCCUACAGAAUUUCGAGAACCUUGUGGAGGACCAGAGGAACAUUAAUCUCGAGUGUCGACUUAUACCUGUUGGUGACCCCACCCUGAAAGUGGAGUGGUUCUUCAACAACACACCAAUCAUGGAAGGUACGCGCUUCCAUCCUGUACAAGACUUUGGGUACGUGGCCAUGAAACUCGACUACGUCCGUCCAGAGGACACUGGCGUAUACACCUGCCGUGCAACUAACGCGCUUGGUUCAGCUGAUACCACCUGCCUUCUCCGUGUCAGACCGAAAGCCUCUAUACUACUGGAGUCGCUACAGCCCGAGGGCUACGAGAAGAUUCGGCAAAUGGAAGACCUGAAGGGACAGAAGGCUCCAGAAAAGCCCGAGGCCACUUACGAACGUCCUGUCUUUACAAGCCCUCUCGUAGGACCGGGAGAGGUGGCAGAAGGUCAGCCUGCUCGCUUUGAAUGCCGCUGCGUUCCCGUCGGAGAUCCCGACCUGAAGUUCCACUGGUUCGUCAAUGGGGUGGAACUGCACACGGGUUCCCGCAUCCUGACAAGCAAUGACUUUGGAUACGUCACUCUUGAUAUAAGGUCAGCAAUCGCCGAAGACUCUGGUAUCUACAUGUGCAAAGCCGUUAACAAAGCAGGGGAGGCGGUUACGUCGACCUCGCUGAGAGUGAAGGGACGGUCCGGUGUCGAGCUUGCAUCUCAUCACCCCGAAGCCUACAGGCAGACGCAGAAGUUUGAGUAUGACUCCAGCCGCAUCCCAGAGUCAUGGGCCGAUGAAAAGCCGAAAGCGGUGCCCGUGUUUGUGCAGCACUUGAACAACGUCGACCGUGCGGUUGAGGGCCAAUACGUGCGACUUGAAGGUCGUGUGGAGCCUAGCAAUGAUGACAAGAUGAAAGUCACGUGGUACAAGAAUGGCGUUAACCUCGUUAUGGGAACUCGAAUUCAUCCAACCUCUGACUUCGGUCUCGUAUCUCUCGAUAUCACUGGGGUGAGGCCCGAUGAUUCCGGCAUAUACACCUGCAAGGCUACCAACGAAGCUGGUGAAGCUAUAUCGACGUGCACAGUUAAAGUUGAAGGCAGGGAAAACAUCGUCCUGACAUCGCAGCACCCAGACGCCCUACCCAAGCUAAGGGCCCUGGAUGAGUGGGCGCCGCCAGAUAGGACCGUUCCAGAUGUGGUCUAUGAAGGACCUGUGUUUGUGACACACUUGAACAACGUCGAAGUGCUCGAGGGUCAGGCAGCUCACUUCGAAUGCCGUGUAGAACCUUCAAAAGAUCCAACCCUUAAGGUGGAAUGUCUCUUCAACAAUAAGCCCUUGCCAGCAGGCACCAAAUUCAACCUGAAGAACGACUUCGGCUUCGUCACGUUGGACAUCAAUCCAGUGUUCCCAGCUGAAGCUGGAAUUUACACAUGCGUAGCUCGCAACUCUAAAGGCCAAGCCAUGACUACCGGCGCGCUAAAAGUACACGGUAAGGGAGACGUGCAAACGGACACACUCCACCCCACUGGCGAAAAGGGCCUUUCCAAGGUUCAAGAGCUGGAAAUGGCAUACCAGACACGAUUUGUGCCACCAACAGAAGACGCGGAAACCGUUUUCCCGCGUCCCGUGUUCGUCGUUCCUCUUGAACCCACUUUCACAGUAGAAGAAAGCCGUCCCCUACUCCUUCAGGCUAAGGUUGAACCUGCUGCUGAUCCCAAGCUCAAACUCGAGUGGUUCCUGAACGGAGUCCUUCUCCAUCCUGGCUCAAGGCACUCAGUGACCAACGACUUUGGCUUCGUUGUCUUAGCGCUUACAGACACUUGGGCUCGUGAUGCCGGCGUGUAUACUUGCCGCGCUACGAAUGCCGCCGGAGAAGCGUUUACUUCAACGACUGUGACCUGCCUCAGCCAAAAGGGAGUACAAGAAGUCACACUUCAUCCUGAAGGACGCAAGGGUCUCGAAUCCAUCCAGAAUCUGGAGGAAUCGCUCGUGAGGGCUCCGGUCACGCCCGUCGACGAAGGCAAGGGUCAGCCACCCGUGUUCACGUCGCAGUUUACGAACCUGCGUGGUUUGGACGAAGGCGAGAUCGCCCACUUCGAGGCAACGCUGACGCCUGUCGGGGACCAAACUAUGACUGUCGAGUGGUUCUUCCGCGGUAAACCCAUCAAGGCUGGUCAUCGCAUCCGUACGGUGCACGCUUUCGGCAUGGUUGUCUUCGAGAUCCUCGGCGUAGUGGUUGAGGACUCUGGCAAAUACACCUGCCGCGCUACUAACAAAUGGGGCCGUGCAGAAGUCUCAGUCGAGUUGGAAUGCACGGACAAGACAAAAGGACAGAAGCCACGCUUUACUACUCAGCUUCAGAACGUGGUUGGCCUCAAGGAGGGUGACAGUGCGCACAUGGAGUGCCACCUGGUUCCCGUUGGAGACAAAGACAUGCGAGUCGAGUGGUACAAGAACUCCCAGCCAUUGCGCGACAGCUCACGCAUCAAGACCCUGAGCGAGUUCGGCUAUGUCGUGAUGGAUAUUUCAUUUGUGCACCACGAGGACUCCGGCGAAUAUGUUUGUGUGGCUACGAACAAGUAUGGCUCCGAUGCUACAAAGUGCACCAUUCAGUGUGCAGGAUCUGGAACCAUUUUCCGAGACUCUCUUCAGCCCCAGUCACUUGAUAAGAUCGCUCAGCUGGAAGGCUACACAUCACAGACGAGAACGACCGGUCUCGAAUUCGUGCCAGUGCUGGAGGCACCUCGCUUCGUGACACAACUACAGCCCAUCGACAACCUGGUGGAAGGUCAAAGCGCGCACUUCGAAUGCCAGCUGGUGCCCGUUAAUGACCCGAACCUCACUGUCGAGUGGUACUGCAACGGUCAAUUACUACGAUCGGGUCACAGAUUCCGCACGUUCCACGACUUCGGCAUCGUUGUCCUGGACAUCUUGUACUGCUACGGAGAAGACUCUGGAGAAUGGGUCUGCAAGGCAACCAACAAAAUGGGCUCCGAUGUGACACGAACGAUCCUAAACUGCAAGGCCAAGAGCUCCCUUAUCUUGGAACCGCAACUCCCACCCGAAAUGGCGUCUGGAACUCAGAGUUUGAUUGCGUUGGAAGAGAGCUUGUACCGUACAUUACCAGCCGUGGAACAAGAAGGCCCACGAGAACCGCCUCACUUCACGCAACCGCUGACGGACGUCACUGACCUACGGGAAGGUGACAGCGCACAUCUGGAAGCUCGCCUGGUACCCACCGACGACCAGGACCUGACAGUAGAGUGGUUCAAGAACAACAUGCCUAUCAUUUCUGGUACCCGUAUCAGGACCAUCAACGACUUUGGCUUCGUGCUCCUGGAAAUGAGUCCCGUGUAUCCCGAAGAUGCGGGCAUCUAUUCUUGCAGAGCAAGAAACCGUUUCGGCGAGGCCGUUACAACGUGCACGCUCAAGUGCCAAGGGAAGAGAAGCAUCAUCCUUGAUUCGCAGUUGCCAGAUUCGAUGGCAUCCGGUAUCGAAAAGAUAGCGAGAUUCGAAGAAGUGUCUUCUGCUCGUAUCAGUGAAACAUGGACAGACAAAGAUGUUUCUCAACCACCCAAAUUCGUCAGCGCACCGUCGGAUCAAACGCUCCAGGAAAAUUCUUUGGCUCAUUUUGAGUGCAGAUUGACUCCUGUCGGUGAUCCCACUCUUCGUGUCGACUGGUUCCUCAACGGAAAGCCCCUGGUAACAGGUUCCCGCAUCAAGACUAUCAGUGAUUUCGGGUACGUGAUACUUGAAGUAGCAGGAGUUUACCCACGGGACGCCGGUGUGUACACGUGCAGAGCCGUCAACAAGGCCGGCGAAGCCACCGCAUCUUGCAAGCUCAAUGUGAAAGGCAAACAGUCAAUUGUCAUGGAACCCCAGCUCCCACAGGACUUCAAGUCGGGCUACGAAAGUAUCCAGAAGCUGGAAGAAUCGAUGUAUCGAGUUGACGAACAAAUCUUCGACGACGACAAGAAAGAGCCGCCCAAGUUUAUUACACAGAUCCAGUCCCUCAUUGAUAAGGUGGAGGGAGACAGCGCACACUUCGAAUGCAAGCUUCUACCCGUUGGGGAUCCGACGUUGAAAGUGGAGUGGUUCUUAAACGGACGGCCACUGGUCACUGGCACACGCGUACACACCGUAGAUGACUUCGGAUUUGUGGUGCUCGACAUCGAUUGGCUCUUCCCGAGGGAUUCUGGCGAGUACCUCUGCCGUGCCACAAACCGUUGGGGUACAGACAGUACACGGGCUACGCUGCGUGUGAUGGGCAAGAAGGACGUCAUUGUGGACAGUCAGCUGCCCGAAGGCAUGAGCGCAGAUAAGCUCCGUGCUCUCGACCACCCUCCAGAGUACACCGAGCCACAGGAGGUGAAGGAAACCGUGGCACCACGUUUCAUCACCCAGAUACAGCCCCAGCAGAACCUCAACGAGGGCGACUCGGCUCACUUUGAAUGCCGCCUUGAGCCUGUGAAUGACCCCAAGCUGCGUGUCGAGUGGUAUCACAAUGGAAAGCCGCUGCGCUCAGGCCAUCGUUUCAAGACUACCCACGACUUUGGUUUCGUCGCUCUUGAUGUCCUUUACGUAUAUCCCGAAGACAUCGGCACCUACACUGCUCGCGCUGUGAACGAUGUCGGAGAAGACACCACUCAGGCUACGCUGAAGUGUACGGCCAAGCCAACCCUAGACUACAGGUCCCAACUUCCCACAGAUAUGAAGGACAGCGUUCGGAAGUUGGCCGAAAUGGAAGCGUCGUGGCAGAGGUCUGAGGACGUACCCGAAGAAGCGCCAGAAGAGAGGUGCGCCCCCAUGUUCAUCAUGAAACCUGAGCCUCAGGUAGUUGUGGAAGGUGAAUGGGCCAAGUUCCAGUGUCGUGUCAUUGGGUACCCCAAGCCAAGGAUCAUCUGGGUACUCAACGGACACACAGUGAUUGCGGGCUCGCGCUACAAGCUCACGUAUGAUGGAAUCUACCAUCUGGACAUCCCCAAAACAAGACAGUACGAUCAAGGCAAGGUCGAGGUGUUCGCGCGUAACGCUUGUGGAGAGGCACACUGCUUCACAACGCUGGAAGUGCGGCCCAAGCAUGAUGACUACAGAGCUGUCCUCAAACGCUCACCAAAACCAUGGUAUGACCAAGACGUGCACUCCUACCAGAAGUAUCGUAAGGACACCGAACUUAAACGCGUGUUUGAAGAGAAGCUGACCCCAGGAGGGACACGCAUUGAUGUUUGGAAGACCGAGGAAGACGUUUCUGGCGAGAGGCAGAAGGUGAAGAAAAGGCUAGAGGAAGAAGAACUGGAAAAACUGAAACCCAAAGUUGAACGUUUCAAGACAGAUUCCCUCUAUCUGGAUUCCCGCACUGGAGAGACCCGAGUGGAAGCUGGCAGCCAGGCACAGUACAUGGCCAAAUACUUCGAGACUGAAGCUGAGAAACAGCAGAGGGGCGCCGUAUUCCUACCCACCUCUCCCGAGUCAGUGGUGCAGGGACGCGAGGUUCAUGUCAGCACUUCGAAGCAGACCCAGAAGGAGCAACAAGGAGAUUUGGAGAUUACUCGAAAAAAGACUGUGACUGAAACUCUGGACCAGGAACACAAAGGGGUCACUAAAGAGCGCCGUGUGCAAGGCCCCGUGCAAGAGUCGAAGCCUCCAGUGUUCACGAGGAAACUUCAGCCAUGCCGCGUCGACGAAGGUCAGGGUGCCAAGUUCGAAUGUGUCUUUACUGGAACGCCACCUCCUACGAUCACCUGGUACCGGGAGAAUUUCCCGAUCCAACCAUCGCAAGAUUUCCAUAUCGUAACCACCGACAAAACAUCGACGUUGUCCAUUCGGGAAGUAUACCUUGAAGAUUCAGGCGUCUUCUCCGUGAAGGCCGAGAACCGUGGCGGAACGGCAAAGUCCUCUGCAAACCUUGUCGUUGAAGAGCGCCGCGAACAACGGUCUGGCGUUGUUCCUCCAAACUUCACCAGGACAAUUCAAGACGUUACAGUCCAGUCGGGAAAACUGGUGCGCUUGGACGCGAACGUCUCUGGAUCUAAGCCAUUGGACGUGUACUGGCUGAAGAACGGCAAGAAAGUGACUCCCGACGUGACCCACAAGGUGGUGGAGGAGGAUACCCUUUACACUUUGCUCAUUCUUGAAGCUCAUCCAGACACCGACCCUGGAAGCUACGAAUGUGUGGCUAUUAACUCAGCAGGAGAGGCGCGCUGUCAGGCACACGUACUUGUCGAAGGCUCAAAGCCCAAGACCCCACCCACCAGCCCGAAGGAUGCCGUUCCCGGGGACACAAAGGCACCCACGGUGACAGAGCCGCUGAAGCCGUUAGCAGUCAAGGAGGGUCAGAGCGCUGUCUUCAGAUGCAGGGUUCCGGGAACACCCGCUCCUCAGGUGAAAUGGUUCAAGGGAGAGCAACUAGUCAAGCAGUCCCGCUACUUCCGAAUGUCCCAAGAAAACAACCUGUUCACCCUUAAGAUUUCCGAAGCCUUCCCGGAGGACGAGGGAACGUACAAAUGCGUCGCCAGCAACCCGGCUGGAUCCGUGUCUACCUCUGCCACGCUCAAAGUGAUUGUACCCGAGGCAAGCGAAGUGCCUCCGAGCGUCACGCCACUGGCUGACCUGACUGUGCCAGAGGGAAGCCCCGCACGAUUCGUGACAUCGCUGGGCGGUUCUCCUCCACCCAAGGUGGUCUGGACUCGAGAAGGACACAUCAUACGACAGUCACGUGAUUUCCAGAUGACCCAGGACCAAGGCUCUGCAUCUCUUGUCAUUCGACACACGUACCCUGAAGACGAGGGCGUUUACACCUGUCGUGCCACCAACGCUUCUGGACAGGCCGAGACGUCCGCCAGGCUUACCGUUCAACGUAAGCAGAAGAAAUAAUCGUCGCCGGGGAUUGUUGCUAGACCAUUCGUUUUAGGGGUUCGUCCGCAAGCUUAGCCCUGGAGACUUCCCCGUUGCUUUCGUCUUCCGAAACAUAAUGUGGCAUUGCUAGUCGUUGAUUCGAAGUCAGGCUUUUUUUUUGUUAAGGAUUGGCUCUUGGAUUCUAGCUUUUAUAUGCGCGCAGUCGUUGUGUACUACUCGAGCGUUCGCUAUGAGUUGCAUUUUUCACUUGGAAUUCCACUUAAGCCUCUUUUUUUACUGUCCGUUUCGCGACCGAGUGGUUCUGUUUAAGUGUGGCAAGUUUGAUAAGGCUCGGAACUUUUUAUUUUAUCCGCACGCAAUUUAUUGGCCGCGUGAUUUGAAUGCGUCUGAAUUGUAAAAAGGUAGCACUGCCAAACACCUCAUGGGCUUUCUGUCUUGAUUGGUUCCUAAUUCAUCCUAUACCUUCAUGUUAUACGCCUUCGUUGCCCCUCGCGUUGCUGUCGAAAUUAACCGAUCUGAAUUGCGUUUCUCCCUGUCUCGAGAGAAAUGUACAAUCAUUGUGGUAUGGAAAUCUGAAUAAAAAUUAAUGGUACAAA